AUGGCGGAGAAAAAGGGCACCACCGGCGCCGAGAGCGUGGCCUCUGAUAUAGAACACGGGAAUAGCCUCGUAUUGCCGAAGAAGAACAUAUUAGGGGACUUGAUCCACCGAAGAAAUGAUCUCAACGAACUAGGCAAAGACAUGUUGCAGCAGUCGUUGCAAUACGACCGAGCGCAGCUUGAAGCGGACGCCGUAAAAGUCCGAUGGAAGUUGGAUCUUCUGGUGCUUCCCAUGAUGAUGAUCACAUACAUGUUAUCAUUCCUCGACAAGCAGACCCUCAACUACUCGAACGCGUAUGGCUUACAAGGAGACACGAAGAUGACUGGGGACGAUUACUCCUGGGUCGCGUCAGCCGUGUAUUUUGGUUGGCUCUGCGGAGCGUGGCCGUGGAACCUAUUGCUACAACGCGUCGCUAUUGGAAAACUGGUUGGCGGCAUGUUAUUCGUCUGGGGGGCUGUGUGCAUGCUCCAAGCCGCGGUCUUUAAUUUCGGUGGCUUCUUUGCUGUCCGAUUCUUUCUAGGCAUGCUUGAGGGUUGCAUCUCGCCUGCGUGGGUGCUCCUGACUUCGAUGCUAUGGACUCGUCAAGAGCAGUCCUUGAGAAGCUCCAUUUGGCUGUGUACGAAUGGCCUGUCAAACAUUCUCGGAGCUCUCCUAGCUUACGCCUCGGGCGUUGCUGAAGGGUUGGCGAUAGCACAAUGGAAGUUGAUAUUCCUAAUAGUCGGUGCUCUCACGUUUGCAUGGGGAUUUGUUAUCUUGCUCUACCUCCCCGACGGACCGCACAAUGCGAAGAUGCUGACGGAAUACGAACGUGCCGUUGCCGUUUGGCGUGUCUCCAACAACCAGAUUGGCCUCAAGGACGCGACUUUUCGGCCAUACCAAGUCAAGGAGGCCCUGCUAGAUGGGAAAUGCUACUUGAUGUGGCUAACUGGCAUAGGAUUCGGAAUCCUCAACGGCGCCGUAACUACAUUCAUGUCCGCUAUAAUUAAGGGGUUCAACUUCGACGCGCUCAGAACAUCUCUGUUACAGACACCGGGAGGCGCGGUCGAAGUCGUUGCUUGCAUUUCACUAGGUUUAUUCUCGCAACUCCCGAAUAUGGUGGGCGUAGCUAUCAUUCUUGGAUGCUUACCUGGUAUAGCCGGACUUGUGGGUAUCCUGACCAUUGAUAUUGAGCACCGGUAUGCGCUUGUCGCUAUGUGCUGGCUAGAAAACUUCCUCGGAUCACCCGUUGUCUUGAACUGGACAGUUCCCGGUCUCAAUGUGGCUGGACAUACUAAGAGAAGUACUGUGAUCGGGAUUUAUUUCGUCUGUUUUGUCGUCGGAAAUAUCAUCGGCCCUCACUUGUUCCUAUCGUGGGAGGCGCCUAGGUAUCCAACCGCAAUUAAGGGUCUCCUUGGAACUUAUUGUGCUGUUGUUCUUUUCCAGGGAAUAUACACACUAUGGUGUUGGGUUGAUAAUAGGGAACGCGACCGACUGGCCCGCCACAAUGAGGUAACAGAAGCAGAAUUGCUGGAGGGUUUCAAGGAUUUAACUGACAAGGAGAACAAACACUUCCGAUAUAAGCUUUAAAGGCAUUGAGGAGGAUAUUAUGAUUACCUAUAAGCUGAUAGAUAGUGAAUAUCUUCUCGAGCGUUUUUGUAAUAGGGGAGCUGUCGAUCAACGUAGGAUUACCUACCUGACAGCCUGGGUAGCUAAUACGAAUACGAAA